GCUUCAGUUGUAGAUCUAAAGAAGAAUUUGGAAUAUGCAGCGACUGUUCUUGAGUCAGUAUACAUUGAUGAAACUAGGCGUUUACUGGACACAGAAGAUGACCUCAGCGAUAUCCAGUCUGACUCUCUGCCCUCAGAGGUCCGUGACUGGUUAGCUUCUACUUUCACACGGCAAAUGGGGAUGAUGCUCAAAAGGACUGAGGAAAAACCCCGGUUCAGGAGUAUUGUCCAUGCAGUGCAAGCUGGGAUAUUUGUGGAAAGAAUGUACAGGCGUACUUCAAAUAUGGUCGGCUUGAGCUACCCACCAGCUGUAAUUGGAGUGCUAAAGAAUGUAGACAAGUGGUCCUUUGAUGUAUUUGCACUAAAUGAUGCCAGUGGAGAUCAUGCACUGAAAUUCAUUUUCUAUGAACUUCUCACACGCUAUGAUCUGAUCAACCAUUUCAAGAUUCCCAUAUCUGCCUUGGUGUCUUUUGUUGAAGCUCUGGAGGUUGGCUACAGUAAACACAAAAAUCCUUAUCACAACCUAAUGCAUGCUGCAGAUGUCGCACAGACAGUCCAUUACCUCCUUUUCAAGACAGGCACUGUGCACUGGCUGACAGAGCUGGAGAUCUUCGCUAUGAUUUUUGCAGCUGCCAUACAUGACUAUGAACACACUGGAACCACCAACAAUUUUCACAUCCAGACAAGGUCAGACUCAGCCAUUCUGUAUAAUGACCGGUCUGUACUUGAAAAUCACCAUGUUAGUGCGGCGUAUCGUCUUUUGCAAGAUGAUGAAGAGAUGAAUAUUUUAUCUAAUCUCUCAAAGGAUGAUUGGAGGGAAUUUAGAGCUCUAGUCAUUGAGAUGGUGUUGGCUACCGAUAUGUCCUGUCACUUCCAGCAAAUUAAAGCUAUGAAGAAUGCUUUGCAGCAACCAGAAGGAAUUGACAAGUCGAAAGCCUUAUCACUGUUAUUACAUACAGCAGAUAUCAGUCAUCCAGCCAAGGCCUGGGAUCUCCAUCAUCGCUGGACCAUGUCUCUGCUAGAGGAGUUCUUCAGGCAGGGUGACAAAGAAGCAGAACUAGGGCUGCCCUUCUCUCCUCUGUGUGAUCGGAAUUCUACUAUGGUUGCUCAGUCUCAAAUAGGUUUCAUUGAUUUCAUCGUGGAACCCACUUUUACCGUGCUGACUGACAUGACAGAGAAAAUUGUGACUCCACUAACUGAUGAAGCUUCCCUUUCUGGCAUGUCUGGAUUUAGGCGUUCCAGUUUGAAUAGCAUUAGUCCCUCUGAAGUAAAAAGAUCAAGUGUGAAGAGCACUGGGUCUGAAGGAAGUGCCUCACUCAAUUGCUCCAUACUCACUGUGGACUUCAAAAGUUUUAAAGCCACCUGGACUGAGGUGGUGCAGCAAAACAGAGAGAAAUGGAAAGCACAAGCCACCAAAGAAGAAAAGGCUAAGAAAGAAGCAGAGGGAAAUGCUUAUCAGGGAACAGAUAAAAAGGAAAGAGAUGAACAGGAUGGGAAGCCAGAUGAAGAUGUCACAGAAAGAAAGACAGAAAAAAGCAAAGAACCAAAUCCUGGGGAAAGCACAAGGACAGAUUCCAGUAAGAAUCCUGGAAACGGCACUUGGCAAAGAGGUAUGAGCAAACGUGAAGCCUAUCAAGGGGGAAAUGCAACUAGGACAGAUAAGAAAAUGGAUCAUCAUCAUACUCUGGGAGAAGAGAAACAGCAUGUCCAGAAUGGUGAAUUAACAGAAGACAACAAACUGGACAGAAAAGAAGUGUAGUGUGGGGCAGGAAUCAAAGAAAACAGAUGAUGCUAUUGCUGGGAGUCUCUCUGCAUACAAGGAUACUGUAAGGCCAUAUGUAAAAAGUGUAAUCUCAAAAGCUGGGAAUUGCAUAGAAAAUACAGGAAGAGAAUCUGGUAGUAUCUAAGUGUAUAAAUUAAUUUUGGUCAAAGCAUUAUACAAUUAUCAAUGUCUUAACCAGUAAGAUGAAAUUUCAACCAGACAAAAAUUCAACAUAAGCUUUGCUAAACUUCAUGCAUGCAAAUUCUGCUUUAUCUGUGAAUAUAGUGUGAGUUUACAAACAUCAUGAAUAUUGCUUUGGAUUUGUUUCACAUAACCCAUAAACCUAAUAUUUAGCACUACAAAAAUGCUCAUCACAACCCCUUAAGAUGGGUGAUGGGCUUUCUGUAAUCCUUAGUUGAAAGUUGUUAAAGUUUAAGACCAUUAAAUCCCUUAGUCCAACUUUAUUGUAAAUAGAGACCUGUAGCUUAGUUUAUAGGUAGAGGGUAAUUGCUAAUGUGCUUCAAAACAAUUAGCCAUUAACAAUCUCGUGACUGCAAUCAGUCUUUUAUUCCCUAAUUGAAACACUUAAUUCCCCCCUGAAGGCUUAAAGUGGUUGUUCAAUGUUCAAUUUGAGUGUAACAUUUUUGAACAGAGGCUUGUUCAGCCAGUCCAUGUCAGGGUGGUGUUCCUGCCAAGACUGGCUUGAUGACUAUAAAAGGUCCUCUUAAAUUUAAUGAUUGUUGGUGGAUAGUUUCCUCUACUUCCUGAAAAGCAAUAUUAACCACAAAUAAGCCCUUUUCCCAGGUAGAGUGCUGUUUUUCUGCAUCUUUCAGACUGCAGGAAUAAAAUCUUACGGGCCUAGUAAGACUAUUUGGUCCUUUCUGCCGUAAGUGUAUGCACAGUCCAGAGCUUGCAAAUCCCCAGUCAAUUUGUACUGGAUCAGUAGGGUGUAUAGGGCCUAGUGCUUGGUAUGUAUUGGCUUCAAAAAUCAGGAAUUGUAGGACCUCAUCACAGAGGGGAGUCCAAUCCCACUUUGCCUUUUUCCAUAGUAAACCAUAUAGGGGCCUUGCAAUUACUGAAAAAUCAGGAAUGUGUUUCCUCCAAAAAAUCAGCUGGCCUAAAGCAUGCUGCAGGUCUUUCUAGUCUCUGGCAUUUUAAUUUGGGUGUAAGAGACAGUCCAAAGUUCCCCUCAUUUUUGCCUCCUAAUCGUUGCAAUGGCAGCGACUAAGAUUCUGAAGAUCUUGAUGGGAGUUCUGGCCUGGGUGAGGUGGAUGCUCGCUAAGUGAUUGUUUGCAGGUGUGUUUGCUGUGUUACAACACUACCCUGCUUUGAGCAGGGCCUGGCAAGGAGUGGCUUGUUCUAUACACUUACACCUGCUUCACGAUACCCGAACCCAUGAAUUUUCCCACCUCUUGGCCAAAUGAACUUUCUGGGGUAACUUUGAUGAUCUCCUACAGAAGAUCCUCCAUCUGCCUCACAACCACCAUGAUGGACGGAGAUUGAAGCUCCCUCCCAAGAACUGAGACUGAGACCCAUAUAAUCCUAACACAGGGACGCUGGCCUGACUGAAGCAGGAUGUUUGUCAAGUGGUGUCUGCAGGUGUGUUUGCUGGACCAAGAAAAUAAUGGGUCCCACUCACUGCUGAAAUUGACUUUCCCUGCUUCGGAACACGGACUGUCUGUACCUGUUUUUCAAUAGACUUAUUUCUCCAUUACCUGUCCCCGCCCCCCCCCCCCCCCCCCCCCCCACUCGGCAGAGGACUAUAAAAGAUCCCUAAGUAAACCAAGACUUUGGAGAACUCCCACAGACGACAACAGAUCUAUUGGCUGGUCCCAUGAGUAUUUAAUCUCUCCGCUGGUAGCUAUAUCCCUCCUCCCCUCUUUCUCUCUCUCUCUAUCCUUUAUCUCCUUUUGAAAUCCUUCUAUCACAUUUGCUGUGGGCACUCAAUAAAAGGUGCAUUUGUUGUGAUUAAA